AUGGGUCUGUCCCUGAUCCUGAUGCAGCACGACGAGACUGAUACCUGCAAUGUUUCUCGCGGGAGUGGCCUCCACUCAGGCCGCGUUAGCCCAUCCGCCGUCGUCCUGAGAUCGGGGAGUACAUUUCGAAGAAACGGUACCAUUUUAGCAAUCGAAGAAGUGAUACCGAAUCCAGACUACAACAGCGAAACUUUCGACAUGGACAUAGCAGUCAUGAAGACCACCCAAACCAUUGUUUUCAAUGACUGCACUCAACCAGUCCCGUUACCUCCUAAAGGGGAGUCACCGAAAACGGGACAGAUAAUGACCGUUAGCGGUUGGGGAUACACAAAGAAAGGAUCUUACACGUUGCCUGAUAAACUUAUGGCAGUCAACCUGAAAAUUGUGAGCCGUAAGCUAUGCGAGGCCGUCUAUCCAACAAUGACGAGUAACAUGUUGUGUGCCGGCAGCUUAAAGGGGGGACAAAGCGCUUGUCAGGGUGAUUCGGGUGGGGUUGGAGUGAUCGACGAUAUCGCCAGAGGCGUAGUAUCGUUUGGCCGUGUCUGCGGACAAGCGCUUGCCCCAAGCGCAUUUACCGACUUGUCCGCCCCUCCCAUUAGAGAAUUCAUCACUGAGAUCACGGGAUUG